CUCACAACAGCUCAGGAGAGCAGGAGCACAAGCGGAGUGUCAAGCAGAGUCCUGCUGAGCCUGACAGGCCACAGUCUCAAUUCCCAACUCUCACUGCAGAAGAGCUUUUCUGGGCUUUGGAGCUGCCAGAGGUGGUUUACACCUGCUGAUCUCUCAUGUCUUGCUGAGUAUGCAAAGGCCAGGAGCUCAGCUGCCAAGGCCAUUGGUGUUCUUUAAGCAGAGUUCACUGUCCAGAUGGGGUGGCUGGUACCCAAAAUGAGCCUUUUCAAGGUGAAGUUUGACAAUCAUCUUCCUUCCAAAUUCUGUGAGCCCUUCAAGCAGGACUUGAAUGCUUUCGAUCCAGGUCUAAUUGCCUCAUCUAUCCUGCUUUCUAGUUCAGGACCUGCUAGCCAAAUGAUGAAGCCAUCCACAAACUUGGUAUGAGGUAUGUCCAGCUCCACACACCUGUCACUCAGCCAUCCAUUCAACCUGCUCUGAAGAUCUGCGAAAAGAACGUGCAACGACUCUUCAGGAGACAAAUAGUGAGGAAAGCACCAGGGCCAGAUGCUGUUUCACCCUCCUGUCUGAGGGUCUGCACUGACCAGCUCGCACACCAGUGUCUUUACAGCAUUCUUUAAUAAAUCCCUGGAGCUGUGUGUCGUACCUUCCUGCUUCAAAUGUUCCACCAUAGUACCAGUUCCCAAAAAAGCAACCAUCCCAGGAUUGAAUGACUAUAGACCUCUCCCAUCUGAAGAACAUCACAGAUCCUCUGUUAGACCCCCUGCAGUUUGCAUACCGGGCAAACAGGUCGGUGGACAACGCAGUGAACAUGGGACUCCAGUUUAUUCUUCAACAUCUUGAACACUCAGGAACAUCUGCAAGAAUUUUAUUCUUGUACUUCAGCUCAGCCUUUAAUACAGUCACCACAGGACAGCUACACAACAAACUACUCCAACUCAGCAUGCCAAGCCCCACCUGCCAGUGGAUCACCAACUUCCUUACUGGCAGAGAGCAGCAGGUGAGGUUGGGAAAGUUCACCUCCAACACCCAGAUCAUCAGUACAGGCGCUCCACAGGGUUGUGUCCUCUCACCAUUGCUCUUCUCUCUGCACACAAACGACUGCACCUCCACAGACCCCUCAGUCAAAAUCCUGAAGUAUGCAGUUCACACUACAGUCAUUGGUCUCAUCUGAGAUGGUAAUGAGUCUGCUUACAGACGGAUGGUUUAUCAGGUUUGGAGCAGCCACAACAACCUGAUGCUGAACACAGCAAAAACGGUGGAGACGACAGUGAACUUCAGGAAGAGCCCUCCAGCCCUGUCGGCACUCACCAUCCUAGACAGAACUGUGGUGGCAGUGGAGUCCUGCAAGUUCCUGGGCACAACAAUUACCAGGGACCUGAAGUGGGACAGCAACAUCAGCUCCAUCAUCAAGAGAGCCCUGCAGAGGAUGUGCUUCCUGCGUCAGCUGAGGAAGUUCAACCUGCCCCAGGAGCUGAUGGUGUGGUUCUGCACAGCCAUCAUAGAGUCCAUCAUCACCACGUCCAUCACAGUGUGGGGCAGCUCAGCUACCAAGCAUGACCUCCACAGACUGCAGCGCAUCAUCAGGUCUGCAGAGAGGACAACUGGGGUUAAGUUGCCUACACUGCUAGAACUGCAUGCCUCCAGAACCAGGAAGCGUGCAGAGAAGAUCUCCACAGACCCCUCUCACGCCGGACACCACCUGUUCCAGCUCCAUCCCUCAGGCCGGCGCUUCAGCCAGAUGAGGAUCAGAACAUCCAGGCUACAAAGGAGCUUCUUCCCACAAGCCAUCACUCUAUUGAACAGUUGAAAUAUUACACAACAAUGCUCCAGCUUCAACCUGCACUUCUACAGAUACUCGUAUAUAGUAUCAAGUUCAACUGGAUCCUCUGGACCUGCCGCUCAAACCAGUGUUUGUUCUAGCAUCUUACUCAUCUGCCAUAUUACCCCACCUAUCUGACUG